GGGCGCGGCAAAAUAGUAAGUGGACCCCAGGGGAAUGGAUCGGACGGUGAAUAUGUUCUAGAAGAGGAAAAAAGGUCAGAGUAAACAAAUCUAACGGCAGAUAGAGUUGCGUCAGGUUAAAGCCAGGCCCUAAGAGCUGAGACCCUGAAAAGCCCUCACUCUUAUAAACCUUUGCUAUCGCCGUCUCUCAAAUCACUCCAUCUUCUUCCCUCUCGAUUUUCUCCGCUUUCGCCUAACAAAAGCAGAUUCGUAGAAUAUCUAUUCCCUCGCUGCCUAUUUCGAGUUUUAGUAAUCAAUGGCUUUGCCGAACCAACAAACCGUUGAGUAUCCGAGCUUCAAGCUCGUCAUCGUCGGCGACGGAGGCACUGGGAAGACGACAUUCGUUAAGAGGCAUCUGACUGGAGAGUUUGAAAAGAAAUAUGAGCCAACCAUUGGUGUGGAGGUUCACCCAUUGGACUUCUUCACAAACUGUGGGAAAAUCCGUUUUUACUGCUGGGAUACUGCUGGACAGGAGAAGUUUGGUGGUCUCAGAGAUGGUUACUACAUCCACGGCCAGUGUGCCAUUAUCAUGUUUGAUGUUACUGCCCGAUUGACGUACAAGAAUGUUCCUACAUGGCACCGUGAUCUUUGCAGGGUGUGUGAGAAUAUUCCUAUUGUUUUGUGCGGUAACAAGGUUGAUGUGAAGAACAGGCAGGUCAAGGCAAAACAGGUCACAUUCCAUAGGAAGAAGAAUCUGCAAUACUAUGAAAUUUCUGCCAAGAGCAACUAUAAUUUUGAGAAGCCUUUCUUGUACCUUGCCAGGAAGCUUGCAGGUGAUGCUAACCUCCAUUUUGUGGAGUCUCCUGCACUUGCUCCACCGGAAGUACACAUUGACUUGGCUGCACAGCAGCAGCAUGAAGCUGAGCUUGCAGCGGCAGCUAGUCAGCCCCUUCCAGAUGAUGAUGAUGAUGCAUUUGAGUAGAGGACUUUCAGUUUCACUGCAAUUUCAACAUUUUCUGUUGCUUUUUUCAUCUUCCCUUAAUUUCGAUAUGCUGUUUUCUUAAAAUUUUCAAAUUGUAUGGCAGAGUUUGGUUAUCAGAAGUAGGGGUGUUGUCUGCUUAUUUGAGGACGGGGACAAUGUGCUAGAUUUUUCACAUAUACUUGUUAUGGGUCUUUGGUGGUGUUUUGCUGUUGUUUGUUGCCAUGUUGGUGGUCUGGAGUUUGCUUAUGCAGUCAUUCUAUAUGUGUUGAAUUUGAAUCAAUCAGUUAGAAGACUAUUAGAAUUCACCUCU